AUGGCCGCAACGACCAUCCAAGCAGACUCGGGCAAUGCCACGUCGACCUAUAUCGAUAUUGACGCUCUCACCUCGGACGAUUUUUCGCCUUACACGCAUGCAAACAACCUCGUUCUCGCUACUAACAACCCGUCCGACCCAACAAUCGACCUCACCACGCCGCUAUCCCGUGUUCUUUUCGACCUGCAAGAAAUCGAUUCGCAUAUUCAUACUCUUACCGCCCGCUCGGCGCUCGACAUCCUGACAUACACCGCCUCCCAGAAUGCCGCUGCUCAACGAAUCCUCACCAGAAUAGAAGAGGAACGAGCACGUCUCAACGCUAGCUACGAAAGGCUGGAGAAGGAAAUCCUGGUCCGGCAUCAGAAAGCCGUGGAUGCGAAAACCACCGCGCAACGGAGCUGGGAGGUUCUGCGGCUCGGAAGGGGUGUGCAGCGCAUCCUCAACCUUGCCAGACAGUUCGAAGUGAUCCUCGCGGAAUCCGGGCUCGGAGGCGGUGCCAGAGUGGGCAAGGAGGACCAUGGUGCGCUUGUGCGCGCAAGUCAUUCAAUUCUUGGGUUCCGCGAUGUCAUCACUGGAAAGGAGGGCGCCGACCUGGCUCGUGUCAACCUUGUGAAAACUUUGCGCGGGAGAGUUUUCGAAGAUGGUGAAGCUCGGAUCCUCGACUUUGCAAGACGCACGGUCAGAGAGUUCUCCAUGAGCACCCUUUCUUCGGGCCCUGGCGGAGGGGUUUCAACGACCUCUGGCCCCACGUAUCGAGAAGUCGAGGAUAGCCGUGCCCGAUUCACGAGCGCGGUGCAUAUUCUCUAUCUCCUCUCUCCAGCACCAAGAAUAGAUGGAGAGAAGAUGAAGAAAAAGGACUUUGAGCCUGAAUAUCUGCUCCGUGCAUUGCAGGGCUAUUUGCAGACGGCUAUCACGUCAAGUUCUGCAUCGAUAGGAAGAGCUCUGGGCCAAUUACCGACGCUAGACCGUGCUUUGUUGGAGACAAGUGCACGGUGUCAAAAUAUCGUGGCCCUUGAAGCCACGCUGCGCGGCAUAUCUGCCCCUGAUCAUCCACUACUGCAGGUUGAAGCUCUGGACGACAAGAAAGUCACCAGCGUGGACGAUGACAAGGAAUCAGAUGAGGAAGAAGACGAAAACCCAGAGCCCUCUCAAACAGCUCCUUCCGACAACUUUCUCUCGUUGCUCCUCAGCGCACUCGACACAGCCUCUCUUCCAUCCUACUUUUGGCGCUCACUGGCAUCCUCAUUAUCCACUCGUGUGCAAGAGAUCCUGACAAGAGGAGGUGUUUCGGCACGCACGCUGCGGAGUCAACGCGACGCUGUCCGGCAAGAGAUCCGCGAGUGUGUCCUCCGAGGCUCAAAGCUUCCGAGGACUGUGCUGGCGGCUGAUUCGAAAGCAAUGUCGACUGCAAAGGGCGAGCAAGAAGUAGAGAAUUGGGAACGCGAGGCGGCGGUAAUGGUUGGGAGUGUUGUAGGUUUGCUGGGGCGGUAG